UAUCUCUUAACAAUAAUAUUGUUGCUGUUUGGUGAAUGUAUCGUGUGCAUUAUCGCCGUUUUUUGGCCUCAUAUACUAGGGAUCGACGUAAGAUCGGCACGUUUGAUACGCGCUUUGCAGCGCAGUUAUGCCGUACCAGGACGCGAGCAAUUUACUGCUGCACUCGAUCUUGCACAAACAAUAUUCGCUUGUUGUGGCAUAAACGGAAGCAGCAAUUAUGGAACGUCGUGGUGGCGACUGCGGGAAGUCGGCCGCCGAGAAUUAGUGGUACCUCUCAGUUGCUGCAUCCUGAAUAACACCAAUGAGAUGGGCUCCUUCCUCAACCCCCAACCUGCCAAUCUCACUCUCUGCCAGGUUCUGAACCCAGCCGAGCAUCAAUACGCCCGACACACUAUGACAGAAAUGGUUCGUGAAUCUUCGGUUUCUAUCCCGGACAAUAUUCAAUGUUUUUUGCAAUUAGGUGAUAAUUUCGCCUUGCCUAAUACCAAUAAGAAAAACAUCAUUUUUGAUUGUAUAAUAUAA